UGUUUUAUGCUGUCAAAAUUAAAAUUUCCAAGAGGGCAAAGAAUAAGAGAAAAAUAUUAAUUUCUUUAAUAUUUUGGGUUAAAUUUUCAAGCAAUAAAACCACACUGAUUAAAAUAAUUCCUAAUAAUGGAUAAUUUAGGAAGUGAAGUUGGUCAGAAAAUGCGGAGCGCUGUUAAGGCAAAACUCCUGGAACUUGGAACGGGAGGUUCUGCCGGGUAUAUAGACGAUGAAUUACCAGAUUACGUUAUGAUAAUGGUGGCAAAUAAGCGCUCCAAACAACAAAUGAUUGCCGAUCUAAAUUUGUUUCUUGGUUCACAAACUGAUUUAUUUGUUACGUGGUUACAUGAAGUAUUACAAAAACUCCAGGAAGUUACUUUGCCUGCAGUAGCUUUGCAAAAGAAAAGAAAAACUAUUCAGAAAGAUGAAGCUACUCAGAGCAAGAAAGAUAAAAAAGACAAGAAAAAAGACAAAAAAGCGCAGAAAAAGCCUUCAGAGCAAGAUGCGAAUGAAAUUACAUCAAUUACUGAUGUCUUCGCCGGGGAACUACUGGAGAAAGCCAAAAAGUCUUUUGAGGUCGAUGCAAAUGCCGUGAGUAAAGACAAAAAACAAGAAAACGAAUCCCACGGACCAAAAGAUUCAACCGACGACUUUAAUAUACCGACAAUUUCGGAGAUGUCCUCCACUCGACAAAGUGUCGUCACAAAUGAGACACGAGAAAAAGAUCUCGCAGAAUUGGCCGACAUUCAAAAGAAGAUUUUCGCUGCAAAAAAACAGUUGAAGAUUCUUGAUGAUGUGGAUGAAAGUGAAGACGAAGAUUUCCUCAAUAUAAAAGAAGAUGGUGAGGAAUUCGAAGAGAGCAGUGAAAUGGCUCGCGAAAAGAAAAAACAAUCUAAGGCUAAGAGUCCAAUAGUUUUUGAUCGAAAUCAACAGGAAGAAAUAAAUUCUCCAGUUCCAGUUAGUGCCAACGAAAUUCUCGUAGCUGCUUCAUCAGUUGAUAGUAAUACAACAGAGAAAAUUUCUAAUUUGGGUAAUUCGUCAAGCAGCCGAAUGCCAGCGGAUUAUAGUCAUCAAAAUCGCGAAGUAGAAAGGAGCCAGGAACACACCGUUAGGGAUGCAAAUAUAAGGAAGAAAUCAAUUCAUGAGCGUUUGGGACAUGUAACUAGAGACUACAAAAACGAGCAUUCUCAACAUCAACAUCGACGAGCAGAAAAAGAAUUGUAUGUGCCAGCGUUCCGAAGGCGCGAAAUGGAAAAAGAGAGAAAAUCAAAUGGAGAAGCUGCUACUCGUUCCAGUCGCAAGAGAUCUCCCUCAACGGAUAAAAAUAAAAGAGAUAGUUCGAACGAAAGACUGCCACAACAACGUAUUGGUUCUCGAGUAGUGGUUGCUCCACCUAAACCAGACUUGGCCGAUGAAGACGUUGAUAAUCAGCGAACAGAUCGUCCUGUUAACUCAGUUAUCAAAAUCAAACCACGACCUUCGAUUUCACCAAGCAAGCAGGCUUGCAAGAAUUUACUUUUACGUGCUGUGGCCGAGGCACAGCGUUCGACAAUUCUCGUCAAACCAAAGAAAGAUAUUUCGGUUCGAAAGAGUUCGACAAGCGGAGUCGGUAGCACUUCUACAAAGAGAAAUACAAAAUUCUUUACAAAAUCUUAUCGAGAUCGAAUUAGUCGAGAUGCUUUGAUUCGAAGAACUGCUAAGAAUUUUGUUAUUGAAGUAAAAGCUGAUAAUGACAGACAUCAUGAAAAUGAGGAAAUGGAACAGGAUGAAGAUGAAGAAUAUGUACCAGAGCAUAUUUCAGAUAGAGGCGAAUCGGACUUGGAGCUUAUUUAUAUACCCCAAGCAAUCAAUUUUACAAACAACGAAGAAGAAGAAGAUGUAAGCCAUGAAAGAAAUGAUGAUACCAUCAACCAAAAUAAAACUCAGUUUGUGGUCACUCUCAAUGAUAAAGCUGCAGUUAAUUAUAAAUCCAAGUCAAAGAGUUCACGAGUAAAUGGAGCAGAACAUUCAAGUCGCUCAGAAGUACACAAAAGCUCACGAGAAAAAAUCGAUAUACGCAGUCGUUUAACACUAAAAAAUGAACAAGCUCGCAACGAGCGUGAGUCAAAUUCCUCACCUUCAUGUAGUACUCCUCCGCGACCAUCAUCAUCAUUGUCGGGAAGUAAAAAAUCUGAACUCAUCAAAAUAUACAAAAGGCCAAAAGAAGUAAAGAAAAUUGUCAUUAAAAAUGACUCCGAAGAUGAUGAUUUCCAUAGCCCCAAAAAGGAUACAACAAACAAGGGAGCACAUGUCGGGAAGGAGGAUAAACAUUCAACAACUGAUCAUGAGAAGCCAAAUGAGAAUGCAAAUGCAAAUUCAAAUGCAUCAGCAGAUACUGAAGAAGAAGGUUCCAUGACACCACCUCUGCCUGUUCGGAAACACGAAGAAAAAGUAAUCGAAAACAACACGCCAACCAAACGAAAGAGACAGCUAAUCAAAUUUGAUUUGGUCAAUAAACAAGUUAAGGUUGAAGAACCUGUGGUUCCAGCCAAGCGUCGAUCGAAGAGUGGAGAUCGGGAAAAUGAGCAUCAGAAUUUGAUUGAGCCGAAUGCCGAUGAUGGACAUAAAAUUUCAAUAAGAAAUUUGGAGUCAAGGAAAUAUGACAACUUACCGUCAUCAUUGAACUCAGUACCAAUCGAUUCAACAUUAGUAAUCAAAUCCAAACCCAAGGAACGCUGUAAAUAUUUUCCUACUUGCACCAAAGAAACUUGUGAAUUUUAUCAUCCAGCGACACCAUGUAAGAGUUUUCCGAAUUGCAAAUUUGCUGAAAAAUGUCUUUAUGUUCAUCCAAAAUGCAAAUUUGAUCUAACUUGCACCAAAGUCGGAUGCAAUUUCCAACAUAGUGCUCCGAUGAGUGGGCAAUUGUCCGCGCCACCUUUAUCCUCACAUGUAGUUCCAGUGCAGAACUAUAAGUCUAUUUCAUCAUCGACGGUAUCAACAUCAAUGUGUAAAUUUUAUCCAAAUUGUUCAAAGCCCGGAUGUCCGUUCUUCCACCCAAAGAUGUGUAAAUUUGGCAGACACUGCAUCAAUAAAAUGGAGUGCAAUUUUUACCACCAUGAUUCGGCUAGUAGUAAAUUUAAAUGGGUCGCGUCUGUUGUAUAAGAAAACUUUUCAUUAAUAUUUAAUUAAUUUAAAAAUCUCUUUUACUAUUUGAAAAAUUUCAUCAAGUUUUUGUAUUUUUAAUUUCCUAUUACUUCUCUUGGUAUUAAUUUUGAUGAAACUAAGUAGUAAACAUAAAAUUAGAAAUCAUAUUUCUAAAUUUAAUUGAUUUAUUUAUUUUACAAUUAAUUUUGUAUACUCUCUAUAAUUAUAACAUAACCUAUUCACAAAUAUUAUUGUAAUAAAAGCAGGAAUUAAGAGAAAGUUGCUUUCUAGGAUUUUCUUUGUCGAUAUGCAAACAUAUUUAUAAACACAUACACGGAAUAUAUAAAAUUAAAACAUAGUUUUUAGAUAAAUGCGUAAUAAUGGUGAACAAAUAACUACCAUUUUAAUAUUAUAUAAAGUAAAAUGAAAGCAAAAUGUUUUAAAAUUUAAAAUAAUAACAAACAAAAAAAUUAUUUGAAACAAAUGCAAACAAUGA